UAUUAUGCAACCUUUAUAAGUUAAUAAAAUAAUGCUGUAGAGAAAUCUGUUAUAAUGAUGUUUAAUAACUUACUUUUAGGCAUUUAAUGUUUCGUUUCGUUUCUUCAAGAUAACCAAGUCUAGUUUUGAAUAACUUUCCCAUUUCCAGCUUCCCAAUAUUUCCAAUCUAGCACUUAUAUGUGCCUACAGCGAAAGAUGAUCACCCACCUGAGUUAUUGGCUGUUACUUUAACUGGAUCGUCCCUGGGACAUCGAAAGACAGCAGUUGACCUCAGCAGGAUUCGAACUCUGAACAUAAACGGCCGUAACCACGCACCUCUCUAUUUUCCGAGUUCCUCCACGCCUAUUCGAACUGCAGCUGAUCUAACAGAAGAUAACAUUGUUUACAUGAGAGACAUCAUGAAUAUUUGUCAUUUCUUUGAGACUACAUGGACAGAAUAGAUGUAACCUUGAUUGUUAUAUAAGCCUAUGGAAGAAUUACUGUGAAAUAUUUCCUCUCUAAUUGAGAUAAUUCAUAAAAUUUCUCUCUUUCACUGACCAGAAUGGUAGACAAGACGAUUUUGUAUUCUAAUGAAACUUGGACAAAUAUCAAAGGAGUAGACAACACCUUUAGAUAUUGAUAAAGAUCGUAUUUGAGUGAAAUUAAACAAUAAUUUAUCUAGGGAUAAAAUAAAAGUGGAAAGAAGAGAAUAUCAGUUCAUAGGGGUUGGAGAAGAAAUAAUAUGGAGAAUGAAUUAUGUGAGAACAUUUGAGAAAAAUAAAUUUUAUUGAUGAGAUGGAGAAAGAGACAUGGAAAGCGUUAUACCAAUGUGAUAUCUGUAAACAGUUAUUCUCUGGAAAAUGUAACCUUACGACACACAAAUGCAUUCUUACAGGAGAGAAACCAUAUCAUUGUGAUAUUUGUGGCAAAACAUUUUCUCAAGUAAUUACCUUAACAAACCAUAAACGCGUUCAUACUGGAGAGAAGCCAUAUCUGUGUGAUAUUUGUAAUAAAUCAUUCUCUCAUUUAAUUACACUAACCAACCAUAAACGUAUUCAUACAGGAGAAAAACCAUAUCAUUGUGAUAUUUGCAGUAAAUCGUUUUCUGAUGGGUCUAAUUUAACGAAACACAAACGAGUUCAUACUGGAGAGAAGCCGUAUCACUGUAAUACCUGUGGUAAAUCUUUCUCUCAAACAAAUAACUUAACUAACCACAGACGUGUUCAUACCGGAGAGAAACCAUAUCACUGUGAUAUUUGUGGUAAAUCAUUCUCUACCCCAGGUAAUUUAAAUAACCACAAACACAUUCAUACAGGUGAGAAACCAUAUCGCUGUGAUAUCUGUGAUAAGUCAUUCUCUGAUCCAGGUAAAACUGGUAAAGGUUUGCAACAGGAAGUUCAUUUAACUGUAAAACAAAUGUCUCACUAA